AUGGACUUUUCGCCGAUGGACAUCCAGACAGCGAAGGUUGCUAUUCAGAUGCAGCGAGCAGAUUUCACGGAGCUACUCGACAGCCUCUCCAACGACGAAGAUCUGUCAGAAUAUAACGAGCACCCCAGUAUUAAGACCAUUCAGCGCAACUUCAUCCAACAGCUCUCGCUCUUGGAGGGUCAGAUCCCCGUCAUCGAGACAAUCAAAGACGAGUACAACGAGCGUGUCGCAUCCAAGAAGCUCUUGGAAGACGAGAAACAAGCAGCCAGCGACCACCAGCUCGCCAUGGGAUUAUCCGGGGUACCCUUCGGCCCAGCAGAUGUCGCCGUUUUGCGACUAUACGUGGAAUACCCUUGGCUGUCUCGUUGGGAUAUCUUCUACAACGUAGCUGUUAAAGGCAUCCCUGCUGAGACAAAGAACGAAACCUCACGUCCACCACGAACCGCAGCACACUCACAAUGGCCCAUUCUCCUGGCAAUCUUCUGUGUCCUAGCUUCCUCCACAGGCGCCGGGUUGGUGGUAUACCUUUCUGACGGAAAGCCCACGACAUCUUGGAAGACACGGCCAUCUGUUCUACUCGCUAUUCUGGCUCCCAUCAUCACUAUAUCGGUUGCCUUUCUGCUGUCAACAGCCUUCAGCAUCUCGUGGUGGAGAGCAGCAGAGUCAGGGACAACGAUCGAGCAUCUCAACCGCAUCUGGGAUCGCGCUUUCUGGCUACGAAAGAGCACUUGGAAAACUGCGGUGUUCAGUACCAACGGUUUCAUGAGAUUGGCCAUCGUAUCCCUCUUGGUACCGGUGGGCAACUUCCUAUAUAACCCCUUGUUCCAAUUAUCGACAACAGAGUCUUGUACCGGCACUGAGGCAGACGCUGUCUCCCUGACACUCGAUAUACUUCCUGAGAUAUCGAAAGGUCUCGCAUCUCUCUCCUGCACUGGCACAGGGGCUCGGAUGGACUUCACCGCUGCAGCGGUGCAGUGGUAUAGGGGAGACCCCAUUCGUACGAAAGACGAAGAGGGCUACAGAUGUGAAGGCACUUGUCAAGGCACCGUUGUAGCCCCGGGCAUCGUAGCUACAUGCACCAACAAAACGACAACGAUGGACCUCACAUAG